AACCGCUGAAGUAGAAAUCCAAGGGAUCAUAAUUCCUCGAGCGAACUCCCACUUUCGUCUACAAAAACCCUCCCCAAAACAGAAAGCAAAACCUUCUAGGGUUUUACUCAGUCCCAGUCCCAGCAGAGAAAUAGAGAGUGAGAGGGAGAAGCCAACGAGGUUGCUGUGAUGGCUCUCUUUAGUAAACUUGGGAAUAUACUCAAGCAGACUUCGACUAGGCAGAUCAGUAGUGAAUUGCAGCCUUCCAAACUGUCUAUCUUUCAAGCGAUACGAUGCAUGUCAUCCAUGGCAAGUUCAAAACUAUUCAUUGGAGGUAUUUCAUAUCAGACAGAUGAACAGAGUCUGAGGGAAGCUUUUGCCAAGUAUGGUGAAAUUGUUGAUGCAAGAAUCAUUGUGGAUCGUGAUACUGGUAGAUCCAGAGGAUUUGGUUUUGUCACUUACACUUCUAGCGAGGAGGCUUCUAGUGCCAUCCAGGCUUUGGAUGGACAGGAGCUUCAUGGUCGCAGAGUAAGAGUGAACUAUGCUACUGAUAAGCGUGCUAGCUAUGGUGGAGGUGGUUAUGGUGGCGGAGGCUUUGGUGGGGGCUAUGGUGGAGGUGGUGCUGGCUAUGGUGGAGCUGUUGGUGGUUAUGGCGGUGGUGGCUACUCUGGUGGUGGUGGAGGGUAUGGUGGUAGUGGUGGAAACUAUGGAGGAAAUUAUGGAGGCAGUGGUGGUGGUGGUGGUGAUAGUUUUUCAAGUGGAGGAGGUGACAGUUUUGGGAGUGGAAGUGGUGGUGGUGGAGGGUAUGGUGGUAGUGGUGGAGGAAACUAUGGAGGAAAUUAUGGAGUCAGUGGUGGUGGUGGUGAUAGUUUUUCAAGUGGAGGUAAUUAUGGUUCUAACUAUGCAGGUGGAAGUGCUGGCGGUGGCUAUGGUGCUGGAAAUGAUGUUGGCUACACUGGUGGUAAUUACACAAACACAUCUGAGAGCGGAAGUGCUGGUUUUGGUGGCAGCAGCAAUUUUGAUAGUGGUGCAUUUGAAGGAAAUGCGGCAGCAGGAUUUGGUGGCAAUGAUCAAUUUGGUAGCAAUGAAAGUCCUGGUGUUGGAGACGAUAACAAGGAUGAACCAUUGGAAGGAAAUUACAGGGACGAUGAUGAUGACUCUGACUUUGCUAAAAGAGCUUGAUAAGAUUGGUAUCCUCGAAAGAAAGGUUUGGUUAAUUUCAGCGUUAGAAGUAAACUGUUUGUAAUAGCUGUAGUCUCCUCCCCCGUAUUUUUCCAAAUUGUUUAUUUUAUUUUUGUGGAUUUGGCUUUUCGAACUUACUUUGGUGCAGUUUAUUGUGCACUUCUCAAUUAUAAACCUGAGUUUAAAAAUAAUUAUAAUUCAAAGGUGUUCUUUCUGACAA